GUACUCUCGAUUUAAAUUACGUGAGAUAACAAUAAUAGUAUCUCUCGUAGAUGUAUAGUUUAUGCUCGAAAAAGAGGAUGCUGCGGUAAAGUGUUUCGUAGCAUAAAUUAUUCAAAACAUAAGGAAAUUAAUAGGUAUUUGCAACAUCUUUAUGUAAAUUACUAAUUAUAAUCGUUGCUAGUUCCAAUAAACGCGUAUUAUAUGUAUGAGAACGUUUAAUGAACUAUUUGUUAAGUAUUAAAAAUACGUACAGGUCAUUUACAAAUUUGCCGCUGAAAAAAAAUACAUGUAACAAUUUAUUAGGGAAUUUUUAUACCCUAUGAAUUUCGAUAUAUAUAUACUUUCUUUUACGUGCUCUGAUGCAACAUCAAAAGCAGAUAUCAGUUAUAAUGAUUGCACUAGUAUUGCGCUAGUCGUGUAAUCGGUAACAUAACCUUUCAAUCAUUGCAAUGAAGUGUUUUGAACAUAACCUUCACGUGCAAAAGUAACUCCACGCGUGAGUCGUAUUAUAACUCUCAUUAUGUGUAUUAACUGUAAUUAAAUAUAAGUAGUAUAUAAUAUAAUUUAUGCUCAUUUAUUUGGUGGUAUAUAUAGUAUACUAAAUGUUACCACAAUAUAAUUCAUAGUCACAUCAGAACUUUGUUAGUUAAAAGGCAACCUAUCUGCUACUGAUCUCUAAUUUAUAAUUGUGAUACAUUAAAACAUAUUGUAGAAAAUGACUUCUCCAUUUACUUGUAUCACAUGCCGUGUGGCAUUUAAAGAUUUGGAAAUACAAAGACAGCAUUAUAAGUCAGAUUGGCACAGAUAUAAUUUGAAAAGGAAAGUGGCUGAAUUACCUCCUGUUACUGUGGAAGAAUUUCAAAAAAGGGUAAUUGCUCAAAGGACUAAAGAUGAUCAACAGAAAGAAGAAGAAUCAAUGAAUUGUAAGACAUGUAGAAAAAGUUUCAAUACAAAAAACCAAUAUGAAAAUCAUUUGGUAUCAAAGAAGCACAAAGAAAAGUGUGUGAAACAAAGUACAGCUGCUGAAGCUAUGGAUGAAACAGAAGACAGGGAUAAUAAUGUGUCACCUGAUUCUGUGACUAGUAGAGACAUGAAUGAAGAAAGUUGCAGUAGUACCAGUAAGCAUUGGAGUAAGGAUGUGGAAAUGGAUUCUGAUGUUGAGUCUCUAGAUUCUGAUGAAUGGCUUGAAGACACUGAGAAUCCAGUGAAAAAUAAUGAUUGCUUGUUCUGUAAUCAUCAUAGUAGAUCUCUGAUACGCAAUUUAAAACAUAUGACUAUUGCACACUCAUUUUUCAUACCAGAUCCUGAGUACUGUGUUGAUAUUAGAGGAUUGCUUGUAUAUCUUGGAGAAAAAAUAUUUGCAGGAUAUAUGUGCAUUUGGUGUAAUGAUUCAGGAAGGACUUUUCAAAGUGCUGAAGCAGCUAGAGCACAUAUGAUAGAUAAAGGUCAUUGCAAAAUGUUGCAUGAAGGAGAUGCACUUGCAGAAUAUGCAGAAUUUUAUGAUUACUCUUCAAGUUAUCCUGAUGCAGAUGUUGCAGAUCCAAAUGCAGAAAUUGAGAUACCAGAAUUAGAUGAUAGUGAUUUUCAACUUAUAUUACCAUCAGGAAAUGUUAUUGGUCAUCGAUCUUUGCUGAGAUAUUAUAAACAAAAUUUGAAUCCAAACAGAGCUCUUGCAGUAUCAAAGAGUAAAAAAUUGCGCAAAGUAUUAUCACAGUACCGAGCGCUUGGAUGGACGGAAACACAGAAAGAAGCUGUUAUUAAGAAAGUCAGAGAUAUCAGAUACAUGCAAAGGAUACAAGCUAAAUACUCUACACAGUUGCAGUUUAAAGCAAAUAAAUUACAAAAGCACUUUAGACCCCAAGUUAACUUCUAGAUAUUAUUAUCCGUCUAAAUAUCAUUGCAAGACUGCAUUCCUUCUUAAAUUAUAUAUCAUUUUUAUCAGAAAUUAAUUGUUACAUAUGCUUAGCGCAUAUUUGUAAAUCUUUUGUUCAAAUAAAAUUGUACUUAUUUAGUUGAAAACCGCAUUUAGAUCUUAAAUCUGUUAGAAGGGCAUGUUACGAGGCUUUAAUCAUUAUAAAUUGUAAUAUUUAUUUGAUGGAUAGUUUUACAAAAUAAUUCGUAAUAUAUUUUCAUAAUAUGUGACACCGACAAAAAUAAUAUUUCUUGUAACUUUUACUUUAUACUCAUAUGGACCCAUUACCAAGUGAUACCUGUAACCAUGAGCUGAGUCACCGUUUUCGAUAAAUUAUUAUACACGGAGCAAGAAGACAAUCCGUGUUUCUGCGCUUUUUUGACGGCUAUAAAAAAACAUGUACACAAUCGAAAAUGUCGAAAAUUGUGUACCAUGCAUGUAUACGAUAUACUUUCAAUUUACCACCGGCAAACUGUAGAAUCUACAUAAGAAUCAACAAAUGUCAAUGUACAACA